GUCCUUGGUGAACUCUAACAAAUAUGGCGUGGAGAGGAUGCAUCGUGAAAUGGACUCAAACAAACUUCAUUUUAGCUAAAGACGUAGCUCCACGAGCUUCCAGAGUAGAGCCUUACAACCAAGUGAGGCGUGGAUUCCGUCGUGAAGCUAAAAAGCCAGAUACAAAGGAAGGCAAUCUCAACCAAGAAACACACAACACUUGGCCACCAGAACCUCCACCUCGCCCCAGUGUCCCCCUAAAAAAGCUGUUCAAGCCCCUGAUGUUCACAGUGGGGUUUACAGGUUGCUCUUUUGGUGCUGCUGCCAUCCUGCAAUAUGAGACCAUCAAGUCAAGAGUUAGAAUUCUAAGAGAUGAAGAGUCGGACAAAUUUCUACAGGGCUCCACAGACAUGGUGCACUGGCAUGACUGGUGGAACCAGCUGACGGGCUUCCAGCGCCAGCUCAUCCUCCUCAUGUCCGCAGCGGAUGACCUCUGGAGCAGCCUCACUGAAGGCCAGAAAAUAGUUACAGGUAUUAUCGCGGUCAAUGCUACAGUCCUGUGCUGCUGGCGGAUCCCGUCACUGCAGAGAAGCAUGCUCAAGUAUUUCACAUCCAACCCAGCCUCCAAGAGGCAGUGCCUUCCCAUGGUCCUGUCCUGUUUUAGUCACUACUCCAUCAUUCACAUGAUGGCCAACAUGUAUGUCCUGUGGAUGUUUUCCUCAGGGAUCGUCUCCCUCUUAGGGAGGGAGCAGUUCGUCGCUGUCUACAUGUCUGCUGGUGUGAUUUCCACUAUGGUUAGCUAUGCGUGUAAAACCUUCUCUGGACGCAUCUAUCCUUCAUUAGGAGCGUCAGGUGCAGUCAUGGCAGUGCUGGCUGCAGUCUGUGCGAACGUACCGGAAGCCAAACUGGGCAUCAUUUUCCUCCCUAUGGUGUCCUUAACAGCUGGAAACGCUCUUAAAGCUCUUGUUGCUAUGGAUACGGUUGGGCUGCUGUUAGGAUGGCGGCUGUUUGACCAUGCGGCUCACCUUGGCGGAGCUCUCUUUGGCACCUGGUAUGUCACAUACGGUCACAAACUGAUCUGGAGCAAGAGGGAGCCUCUGGUCAAGAUGUGGCAUGACAUUCGCUCUCCUGGAGGCGGUGGAUCCAGACCUGGAGGCGGCCCGAAGACCGAUGGGAGAGGAGGACCACACAGACCUAACUGACACUUUCCCUCAGGGACAUUUUUUUAUUCAGUGUUAGGGUAGGUAUCAAUUCUGUUUAACAGUAAAAGUUACACUUCAUCCAGGAUAAGCUGAUUGGACAUGAAGACAUGAUUUUGUGGACAGUUGUUUGCGUUGUGCUGUGGCCCAUUUGCAUUACUGUGAAUGCUGUAUUUCUUUUUGGUGACAACUGGUCUCUCCUACCUUUUUACUCGCUACCAACUAUAUUUCUAAACCAAAAGCCAAUCAGUCAACAUGACCUCUACUUCUCAAUAUGCACUCUUUCAUCGGUUUUGAUGAACGUAUGACAAUUAUCAGGUUGUGCCAUUCAAAAAGACACUUAACAGUGUCAUUAGAGCUGGCCUUUAUUAUUGGAACCUGACUGUUUUUUGAUGUUGAAUGUAAUAAUAAUAAUAUCGUCCAGAAUGAAGUACUGGUCACUGGUCCAAUAUGCAAGAUUGUAAAAAAAAAAAAGUAUAUUCUAAAGAGAGAUUUGCCAACAAAACUAAUGGAUUUUGGGGGAAAAUGCAAACAAAAUGACCUAAAUGUAGAAAAAUGCUACUUUUGUGUACAAAUGAAAACAUUGUUGUCAUUAAACUAUACAUUUUGUUUGCGUUUCUUAGAAGUUGUGAUUGCGUUUCAACUUCACUCUUGGGGUCGGGGCCUCCUCUGAGCAAUGUGAGAAGUAGGGUUGGGCAUGGAUGGGAACCGGGACUAACAUUGAGAUUCUCCCGGGAUCGUUGACAUUUUUUUUUUUAUUUUGAUUCCUAGUUUCGAUGCUCACUUCACAAAUAGCCGCGGACACCAACGAAGAAGAAGUGGCUAAAAAGUUUGGCUUACCAUCAAAAAAAAAAAAAAAAGAGUGGUUGGCUCAGUGCAACAUUUGCAACACAAUAUCAUGCAAAGGGGGGGUCAACAUGUUGAACACCCCUGGAUUCAUGGUGUGGAAAUAACAAGAAUACCUCGUCUUUGAUGCGCUACGUCGGACUUGUGUUGUGACAGCAGCUAGCUGCUGUAGCGUUGCUGAGUGUUGCAUGGUUAGUAGUGUGACCCGAGUUGUGGCUGUCAGCAGCUCCUGUGUGAAUGCUCUCUGCACCACUGCAGUAGUAUUCUACUACACUGGCCACUAGGUGUCAGGAACGUUACAUUUAGACAAUAGCCACCAAGUAUGCUGUCAAUGACAUUUGCAUGUUCUGCAAUAAAACAAGAAGGAUCACAUUAUAUCGCAAAUUAUGUCCACGAUUGAUGAUUUGGAGCCGUACACAUGUAUGAACAAUGCGAUUGUGACUGGGCUUCACAUUACACACAGGCUUUAUGCAAGGGCAGCUAAUAAGAGGAGAACAAGAUGAUGUUGCUUCAGCAGAGCAAGAAGUGGCCAACCUUCUGAAAUCAUCUGGCAGGAAUAACACCACCACACCUGUCCUCAUAAAGUACACCAACAAACAUAACAAGGUGUCAUUGCUGAGAAGAGAAACAAGCUUAAAGGAACUAACGUCAACAUAAAUGAGCAUCUGACAAUACGCAACACUGACUGCCAAGAAGAUAACAUAAGUUCAGGAAGAAGGGGGAAAUUCAAGCUUUUGGAGGGUCAAUGUUACACUCAUGAAGAUGACAGUUCCUCAAGGUGUUCUCAAACAUCAAAUAAAAAACGAGUAUUGCAACUGUAGAUCUACGGCUGUGUCUUCCUCUGCUCAUAAUGAAUUAACACAUUAGUAUGAAAAAAAUGGAACAGUUACAUCAGUUCUUUGAACAAUACUUGUCUCCAAUAUUGUCCAGGGCACCACGCUGAGGACCGGAGGAAGCCAACCCUUGUUGUCAAAAACAGCAAGGAACUGGACAAUAUUGUAGACGACAACGUCAACUACAAGGACUAAAAGGCACAAUAAUAAAGGCUUGAUGCAUCUUUAAAGUGCUCAUGACACCAAAACACGUGAAUGUUAUUUUCGCUGUGAAAAAUAACAUUGAAAGGCAUGUUUC